CCUAUCAUAAACCUGCUCCACCCGCUAUAAUGCUGCCACCUUUCGCCGCAUAUGAAUCAACUACCACAGUUGACCUACUUAGUGGCUGAGUGUGACAAAGCCGCACAAGAAUCCCAUCUCUUCCUGCUUCGCUCCUUUUUACCGGCCUCGAUUCUGACGCUCAUAACCUGCUGAUCGCAUAAAUCAUCCAGCAUCGAUCUUCAGACUACGCCCACCCUUUGUUCCAGAGACGCUCUGUCAACUUACUCCAGACGAUGCGCAGCAAUGGAAACCCAUCGUCUGACGCUCCCCCUCAUUCAGAGAAAUCCCCAGUCUUCCGGAACCACAAACGUAGUACAUCAGGUAAGAACCAUUUACAACUCUCACUUUUAAAUAGUUUCUUUUUCUUGUCUUUGCUGUCUCUGACGCUGAAGCGCUAUCGGCGCUGUCUGUUCAUCGACAAUGUUUUCCAUUUUGUUCACUUGCGCUACGCCGCGAGUUACGUGGUCAUGAUGCUCUCAAUGGCGUUUCCCACUCGGACGCCACUAGUCUUGAGCAAUCUGGUUUCUUUUGGUCACAUAACAAAACCAUAUCGACGUUGGGCGAUGCUCUGCUUUCAACUCAAACUCGCUUUCUUGAUUUUUCAAUACUACUGGCGUGUAUCGUCGACAUGCUUAUUACUUAGUCUCUUAUUUGUUCGUGGCGGUUUAAUCCCCGGGAUCUUCUGCAUUCGUUCGUUCCCAUGGGGCCUGUUUCCGGAUCUCUCCAGGAACCGGAUAUAUCCGUGCUAUCGUCAUACGGCACGGUUAAAGACCUAAUGUUGUAUUCAAUUUGUCUUCGUAACUUUCAACUCAAAUAGUAAAUUUCGCUCAACUGUUGUUAUGUCAAUUUUUCCUAGAAUAUCUACACAUUCCUCGUUCCCCGCUGCCACCAUCUCGUAGGUUGUCCUUUUCGAAGCGACACACCUCUUUCCAUUCGCCCAGAGAAGUUUCUCUACCUUCUCAG